AUGCCGGCCGGGCUCCCCCGGGCUCCCCGCGCGCAGCUGCGCCUCCCGCUCGCCUGGCGCUGCGUGGCCGCUCUCGGGGUGCUGUGCGCCCCAGCUCUGCGCGCGUUCAACCUGGACGUGGACAAGCUCACGGUGUACAGCGGCCCCGAGGGCAGCUACUUCGGCUACGCCGUGGACUUCCACCUACCUGCCGCGCGAGCAGCCAGUGUCUUGGUGGGGGCGCCCCGAGCCAACACCAGCCAGCCGGACAUCGUGCAAGGGGGAGCCGUGUAUUACUGUCCCUGGCCUGCCCAGGACUCAGCGCGCUGCAGGCAAAUCCCAUUCGACACCACCAACAACCGGAAGAUCAGAGUCAAUGGGACUAAGGAACCCAUCGAAUUUAAAUCGAAUCAGUGGUUUGGAGCCACAGUGAAAGCUCACAGAGGCAAGGUGGUGGCCUGUGCUCCUCUGUAUCACUGGAGAACGCUUAAGCCAACAGCUGAAAAGGACCCUGUUGGCACCUGCUAUGUAGCGAUUCAGAACUUCAGCGCCUACGCUGAGUACUCUCCGUGUCGUACCAGCAAUGCUGACCCGGAAGGACAGGGCUACUGUCAAGCAGGAUUUAGCUUGGAGUUCUACAAGAAUGGAGACCUGAUCGUGGGAGGACCCGGAAGUUUUUACUGGCAAGGUCAAGUGAUCACUGCCAGUAUUGCAGAUAUCAUUGCAAAUUACUCAUUCAAGGAUAUUCUAAGGAAAUUGGCUCGAGAAAAACAGACAGAUGUGGCCCCAGCUUCCUAUGAUGACAGUUACCUUGGAUAUUCAGUGGUAGCUGGAGAAUUCACUGGAGAUUCUCAGCAAGAAUUGGUGGCUGGAGUUCCCAGAGGAGCACAGAAUUUUGGAUACGUUUCGAUCAUCAACUCCACAGACAUGACCUUUAUUCUGAAUUUCACUGGGGAACAGAUGGCAUCUUAUUUUGGAUAUACAGUUGCCGUAUCAGAUAUUAACAAUGACGGAAUGGACGACAUACUGAUCGGAGCCCCUCUCUUUAUGGAACGGGAAUUUGAGAGUAACCCUCGAGAAGUAGGGCAAGUCUACUUGUAUUUGCAAGAGAGUGCACUCCUCUUCAGAGACCCACAGGUGCUAACAGGCACGGAGGUCUUUGGGAGAUUCGGAAGUGCGGUGGCACAUCUGGGAGACCUGAACCAGGACGGAUACAAUGGAUAUUGCCAUUGGUGCUCCCAUUCGCAGGCAAGGAUACGGCGAGGCAAAGUGCUCAUUUACAAUGGGAACAAGGACGGCCUCCACCCAGGCCCUUCCCAAAUUCUGCAAGGAGCUUGGGGCCCUCCCAGGCGUCCUUCUGGCUUUGGGUUCACUUUAAGAGGCGAUUCUGACAUAGACAUGAAUGAUUAUCCAGAUUUAAUUGUGGGUGCAUUUGGAACCGGAAAAGUAGCAGUUUACAGAGCGAGGCCAGUGGUGACCGUGGAUGCCCAACUUCUGCUGAACCCCAUGAUCAUCAACCUGGACAAUAGAACUUGCCAGAUUCCAGAGUCUCCGGGCCUGGUGGCAUGCUUUUCCUUAAGAGUGUGUGCUUCAGUAACAGGCCAGAGCAUUUCAAACACAGUCGGCCUAAUGGCUGAGGUGCAGUUGGAUUCCCUGAAGCAAAAGGGGGCUGUUAAACGAACCCUUUUCCUGGACAACCACCAGUCUCAGCUCGUCUUUCCACUCCGGAUCCAGCAGCGGAAAUCUCCUCAGUGCCAGGCCUUCACUGUCUACUUGCGAGAUGAAACCGAAUUCCGAGAUAAACUGUCUCCCAUCAACAUUACUUUGAAUUACAGUUUGGACACCUCCACCUUCAAGGAAGGCUUGGAAGUAGCACCAAUCCUCAACUACUACCGGGACAGUGCAAUCAGCGAGCAGGCUCACAUCCUGGUGGACUGCGGGGAAGACAACAUGUGUAUCCCGGACUUGAAGCUGUGGGCGCAACCAGAUAAGCAGCAGGUCAUCAUUGGAGAUGAGAAUCACCUGAUGUUCGUAAUCAAUGCGAGGAAUGAAGGCGAGGGUGCCUAUGAAGCUGAACUCUUUGUGACAAUUCCAGAAGAGGCUGACUACGUGGGCGUUGAACGAGGUAACAAGGGACUGCGACCCCUGAGCUGUGAGUACCGGAUGGAAAAUGUGAGCAGGAUGGUGGUGUGUGACCUGGGGAACCCCAUGGUGGCAGGAACAAAUUAUUCUCUGGGCCUCCGGUUUACGGUUCCACAUCUGGAGAAAACAAACACGAGUAUUAACUUCAGUCUGCAAAUCAGAAGUUCCAACAAGGACAACCCUGACAGUAAUUUUGUGAACGUGCAAAUCAACAUCACUGCUGUGGCUCAAGUAGAAAUAAGAGGGGUCUCCCAUCCUCUGCAGAUUGUCCUGCCCAUUCACAACUGGGAGCCGGAAGAGAAGCCCCACAAAGAGGAAGAAGUCGGACCGUUGGUGGAACAUAUUUAUGAGCUGCACAAUAUCGGACCCAGCACCAUCAGUGACACACGCCUGGAGGUGGGCUGGCCCUUCUCUGCCCGGGACGAAUUUCUCCUCUACAUUUUUUACAUUCAGACUCUGGGACCUCUACAGUGUCAAACACAUCCUGAUAUUAACCCAGAGGAUAUCAAGCCUGCUGCAUCAUCAGAGGACACCCCUGAGCUCAGCGCUUUCCUACGAAAUUCUACUAUCCCUCAUCUUAUCCGGAAGAGAGAUGUGCCCGUGCUGGAGGCCCAGAGACAGAACCCCUCCAAAAUCCUGAAUUGCACCAAUAUUGAGUGUUUAGAAAUCUCCUGUGUGGUGGGACGCCUGGGAAGAGGUGAGAGUGCUGUCCUGAAAAUCCGUUCACGGCUCUGGGCCCAGACUUUCCUCCAGCGAAAAAAUGAUCCCUACUCCCUUGCAUCCCUGGUGUCCUUUGAAGUUAAGGAAAUGCCUUAUAAGGAUCAACCAGCAAAACUACCAGAAGGAAGCAUAGCAAUUAAGACAUCGGUUAUUUGGGCAACCCCAAAUGUUUCCUUCUCUAUCCCUUUAUGGGUAAUAAUACUAGCAAUACUUCUCGGAUUACUGGUUCUGGCCAUUUUGACCUUAGCUUUAUGGAAGUGUGGGUUCUUUGACAGAGCAAGACCUCCUCAAGAGGAUGUGACCGACAGGGAACAGCUAACAAAUGAGAAAGGCCCCGAUGCCUGA